CUUUGGUUGAGUUCAGUUCAGGUUUGGAACAGGUUGUGAAGUUCUAGAAGCAACCUAACUCUGAAGUCACACAAAACAGAUGAAACCAUUAUCAAAAUCCUGACGCAACAACAACAACAACAAGAGAACCAUCAACCCAUCUCUCUUCACACACCGAUCAUUUCGGUUCCAACCAAAUGGAAACCACCGGUAUGAGGUUGCUGCUUGCACCACCUCUUCUCAUUAUCAUAAUGGUGAUCUCAGCUCUAACAGCAAUCGGCCAAAGGAUGCCAAUCCCCGUACAGCGGCCUCUAUGCACUUCUCAGUACGCGUUGGCUAAUUACGCCUGCUCCCGUCUGCCCAUUCUCCCAAACCCGCCUCUCCCGCCACUGACCCCGCCUCCUGCACCGGUGGACCCACCACCGUCUCCACCGGCCCCACCAUCUCCAGACGACGACGACGACGAUGAGCAUGGGGAGCACCACCACCACCACCACCAUGGGCACAAGCACCGGCAUCACAGCCAUCGCAGGCACAGGAGUCACAGGGUUGAACACAGGGAAUCCUUUGCUGAGGCAGAGUGUUGCAAAUGGUUGAAACAAAUGGACAACGAAUGCGUUUGCGACCUCCUUGUUCACCUGCCGCCUCUUCUGGCCAGGCCUGUUCAUAACUACACAGUCUUCGUGGACGAGUCCUGCAUCGUCACUUUCAUCUGUGGUGGCAGAUUCAUUCGAUGAUCUCCUUGCCUUUUUUCUUUUGUUACUUCCUCCGGGUCUUAUGAAUACGAUGCUUAAUCUUCUCAAUGUUUCAAUAAAGUCGGGGGGCCUUCCACUCUCUGUAUACUGUCCACGUAAUUAGACUGGGGGGAGUCAUAUCUUAUUAUAUAUACAUAUAUAAACCCUAGUUUCGGUGAUGGUAAAUGACCUCAUGUCUAUAUUGUCAAUAUUCUUAAAUAUUGUAA